CCGCUCUCUGAUUGGUUGUGGCGGGCACCUCGCCGGCUGGUGGCUAUGAAGGUGGCGCUGGCUGAUGGUUGAGCGUUGGCUUCAGGGUUGGGGUCGCCGCAUGUGCGAUCCGCUCCCACGGGAUCAGAGGGCGAGGACUGCUGCUGCUCAACCUGGAAUCCACCGGCGAGACCGGGCUCCGCCCGGCCAUGCCCGCCGGGAGCAACGAGCCGGACGGCGUCCUCAGCUAUCAGAGACCAGAUGAGGAAGCUGUGGUGGAUCAGGGCGGGACCAGCACAACCCUCAACAUUCACUAUGAGAAGGAAGAGUUGGAAGGUCAUAGAACUCUGUAUGUGGGGGUUCGGAUGCCACUGGGCAGGCAGGGCCAUCGGCACCACCGCACUCAUGGCCAGAAGCACCGGAGACGAGGAGCGCGGGGCAAAGGAACCAGCCAGGGUGAAGAGGUCCUGGAAGCUUUGGCCCAUGACACCCCUUCUCAGCGUGUUCAGUUCAUUCUGGGCACUGAGGACGACGAGGAGCAUGUGCCUCAUGAGCUGUUCACAGAGCUGGAUGAGAUCUGUCUGAGAGAGGGAGAGGAUGCCGAGUGGAAGGAGACGGCCAGGUGGCUGAAGUUUGAAGAGGAUGUUGAAGAUGGGGGAGAGCGCUGGAGCAAGCCUUAUGUGGCUACCCUCUCUCUGCACAGUCUGUUUGAGCUGAGGAGCUGCCUCAUCAAUGGCUCUGUCCUCCUGGACAUGCGUGCAAGCAGCAUAGAAGAAAUUUCAGACCUGAUACUGGACCAGCAAGAACUGUUCAGUGACCUGAAUGACAGUAUGAGGGUUAAAGUGCGGGAAGCCCUUCUCAAGAAACACCACCAUCAGAAUGAGAGGCGGAGGAACAACCUCAUCCCCAUUGUCCGCUCCUUUGCUGAGGUUGGCAAGAAGCAAUCGGACCCACAUUCCAUGGACAAAGAUGGUCAGACUGUUUCUCCUCAGUCUGCUCCAACUACAAGUCUCGAGGUGAAAAAUGGAGUGAAUUGCGAGCACAGUCCUGUGGAUCUAAGCAAGGUGGACCUUCAUUUCAUGAAAAAAAUUCCCACUGGGGCAGAGGACUCCAAUGUCUUGGUUGGAGAAGUGGACACUCUGGACCGUCCCAUCGUCGCCUUUGAGAGGCUGUCCCCAACUGUGCUCCUCUCCGGCUUGAGAGAAGUACCUGGAACAAAGCAGAGGCUGGUCUGGCUGGUCUCUGCCUCGCCAGUGCUGGGAUUAUGAACCUGUGCUGCCAACUCCGGCUCCUCCCACUCCCCUACCUCAUGGGCUCUGGGGAUCUAGCUCAGCUCCUUAUCUGUUGCAGGAGAUUUGUUUGUAUUGUUGCUCCAAAACUAUCAUUGGGGUUGAACUUUGGUUCAGAGGAGCCACAUUCAGCUGGCUGGAAUAAACCAUAGAGUUUCCUGAUGGACCCAGAUGAAGAAUAGAGAAGACACAGAGAGAAGUAAGGAGGGGCUUGGAAAGAACUGUGGCCCUUUUAGAUUUGGGAAGGUGGAGAGGAGGGUCAGUUGAACAUUUCUUGUGCUGCUCUGUGAAACUAAAGGUAUCCAAAGAAAUGAAAUUUGGCAAAUGGAUAUACUUCAUUUUGCAGAGUUUGAAAAAUUAAAGUAUGUGUACCAUACCAUAGAUAUAUAUUCAGGAUUUCAAUGGGCAACUGCUUGAGUUUUGAAAAGGCUGAUUCUAUAAUCACACAUUUAUUAGAAGUUAUGGCCAUCAUGUGGAUACCUAGGCAAAUGAAAUAGUUUUUUGCUUCUUAUACUAUAAAGCAUGCUAUAGGUAUACCACACAAUCCCACAGGGCAGGCAGUUAUAGAAAGCUCUAAUCCAACUCUAAUAGAGAUGCUUAAUAAACAGAAAGGGGUAAUUAAAACCCCCAGAGAUAGAUUGCACAGUGCUCUAGUAACUUUAAAGAUUUUUAUUGCUAAUGAGAAAGGAACUAGAGCUGUAGAGAAAUGUUGGAUAACAGAAAAAUCUGCUGAAUUAAAUCAGCCUCUAUACUUUAAAGAUGUGUUGACUUCAGAAUGGAAACCAGAACGUGUGUUACACUGGGGAAGAGGUUUGACUUUUGUUUCCACUGGAGAAGAAAAGCUAUGGAUACCAUCACGACUGAUAAAGAUUAGAUUCAAAUGGGAGGGCCCUCUUGUUUAGGAGAGGCAAUAGUUCAUGAAACAGCAUGGCCAGACAUCUAAAUUAACUUACAAGACUAACCAAUGCCUUUCAUUUCAUCAGACUUAACCUGCCAGAGAGGGAAACUCCCCAGAGUUAGAGAGGGUUUUGUUUUUUAUCUUUCAGGAGAAUGAAAGCAUCCAACUAAAGAAUCUAGAGAUCACUGGACAAAGAAGACAUCUGACUAAGAAGGAUGAAUCAUGCAGAGAAAAUGUCCCGAGGAAAAGCGUAUAUUGGCUUAAGGGUAUAGCACAUUUUCAGCAGGAAAAAAUUAGAUAAAUUUUCCCAAAUCUUUGUUUCUGCUGUUCCCUACAGACAUUGAAGGGAAAUGGUCUUUUUGUAGCCCCGGUCCAAUUAACAAUUAAAGCUGACUUUAGAGUUGG